GGCGGUGGCGGCCGCCAUCUUGGCUAAGGGCAGACGUGACUUCGCGUCUGCCCAGGCGGGCAGGGAGCGCGGAGCCGCCAUCUUGGCUGAGGGCACGCGGGUUGCAGGGAAUUGCACGGAAUCCGCUCGGCCAUGGGGAGGAUCGGGCUGCAGCUCCGCGCCACGCUGGAGAACAUCACCCGGCUGCGGGCCGAGGGCCAGGACUUCCGAUGGUACCUCAAGCUGAAAUGUGGGAACUGCGGUGAAGUCUCCGAAAAGUGGCAGUACCUGCGGCUGAUGGACAGUGCUCCCCUGAAGGGUGGCCGAGGAAGCGCCACCAUGGUGCAGAAGUGCAAGCUGUGCUCCAGGGAGAACUCCAUCGAUAUUUUAAGUCAGACAAUCAAGCCUUACAAUGCUGAAGACAGUGAGAAAUUCAAAACAAUUGUGGAGUUUGAAUGCCGAGGUCUGGAACCAGUUGACUUUCAGCCACAGGCAGGGUUUGCUGCUGAAGGCGCAGAAUCUGGCACACCUUUCAAUGACAUAAACUUGUUAGAAAAGGAUUGGAAUGACUAUGAUGAAAAAACAAAGGAAUCUGUUGGAAUCUAUGAAGUUACCCAUAAAUUUGUAAAAUGCUGAAGUUCAUACCCCAAACAAAUUAUAACAUGGUUAUUGAUGGAGGAGCUGUAAACAUCACAUAUGCCGUUUCCUUGGAGUUACUUUUAUACAUGGCUGCACUUCAGAAAUGGAAACCCAAGCUCACAGAAUCAUUAAGGUUGGAAAAGAUCUCCAAGAUCGAGUUCAACCUUUGACCGACAUCACUGAGUUGUACUUUCUGUCGCCAGCAUGCCCUAAUAAAAUAUUUCCCAUGGAGCACUUGGA